AGACGUUGCUGAAACUUUUUUAUUUUCUUUUGCCAACAUCUAUAAACUAUGGAUUAUAUACAUUAUCAACCUACUGCCGAUAAUUACACGUCUGAAGCCAAUGAAGAUGAUAUAAACUUGGAAACAACUGCCGUGGAGUAUGGCGCAGUGGAGAUGAUUCUAGAUUAUGAUGGAAUGCAGAAAGUCCAAGAGGUGCAAAUAGAAAAAGUCGUCAACGAUCUUGCUGAGGAUAUGGAGCUCGUUUCGAUCAAAACGACAAGAAAGAAUAAAAAUUAGGGACCAAGCAACGUAGAACGUCUCAUUCAUGUCAUGCAAGAAGAGGGUUUGUCUGUUCCCAAAACUGCUGAAGGCGCUGGUAUACCUCGAAGCACUGCUUACGAAUUGAUAAACGAGCUCAAUGCUGGUGACGGGACUGUUCUGUCCGGAAACAAUUCUAGAAAAACGAACGAUAAGGUGCUGGAGAAAGCAAGGAUCAAGCUUUGCGAGACAUUUCCAGACCUCACGAUUUCGAUUCCUGGGUUAUAUAAGCAUAUUCGCGAAAAAUGUGCUCUAUCGUUGAAGCAAGCAUCAAAAUAUACCGCAGAAAGAGAUUCCCCAAGAAAUCUGAAUAUUCACUUUGACAUUGUCACACAAUGGAAAGCAGCUACGGAUACUCUUACCCCACGUAUCACCGAGGCUAUCUCUAAAGUCACUCCAAAUGACUGCUAUCGUGCAGUAGUUGUAGGUGCUCUGUACCGAUCAUUGAAGAAUAGACAAAAGGGCAAAGAUCUUCUUGUGGUGAAUGUUGGCGAGCUUAGACCAUUUCAAUCAUCGCUUGCCAAAGUUGCAAGAUGGUGUAGAGUAAAGAUGUGA